AUGACAGGGCCUCGCAUACCAGAGGAAACUCAUUUGACAGCUAAAGAGACUUCCCAUAGCCAUGUAAUUGCCUCUGCACAGCAAGAGCUGGAUCUUUCUACAGCCUUCAACAAAUCCUUGGGCCUCUUCUCUACUCUCCCGGCGGAACUCCGGGAAACGAUCUGGCUCUACAGCCACACAAAGCCUUUCGUAUACUCAGCACCAGCGUCCGAGACCUAUUUCUUGCCGCUCGCUUGCCAUUCCAAAGCGCUUCGCAUCGAUUUCCUGCAGUCGCUUAUGCGGACAAAACAAGCUGUAGUGAAGUCACCUGGGAGUCUGGUACGACUUAUCGAGCGAACGCAACGAGUGACCGACUCCACUUCCCCUGUAGAUACCGUUCAUCGACGACUGUCAACUCCAAGACAUAUCUACAUCGAUAUCUGUUCUCCACCGCCGAUCGAUCUGAGUCGCAAUCUAUUGUUUGCGCCACAUCCUUACAUCAUUUACCUGGAGGCUUGGCACACAAGCAUAAUAUCACUUUCGCCUUCUUCCGACCCAAAGGUCAUCACACUAGGUCUUUUCAAUGACUCCGAGGAGUGGCGCUAUUAUCCAGACCUUGCCCCCAUGGACCUUGCCCCCAAGCCUUUUGGAUGUGUAGAUGAACACUCGGUAUCCAGCCACAUGUUUGACUUUGAGAAGUUUGUAAAUCGACUGGCUAUAGCUUUGAAUAUGAAGACCAACGGUGCUUUCCGCGUCUUGCUAGAUUCAUCGGAAGAGGACUACCGGCACAACUUCUUUCGUGAUAAGAUAGAGAACAGAUAUGUGUGA